AUGUCUCGUCAAGAGAGCGCGGACGCCUGGCACUUCGAGCAACGAAAGCAUAGCCGACGACAGCGCCUCAUUGGGUCUUGGGCAUAUACUCUUCCGGUGGCCGAACUAGACGACGUUCACGCGUUCUCCCCCCAUAUUGACCUUCACGUGCCGCUUGCGGCCAUCCUCGCCGCCCAAAGCGAAGACGGUGUGCAAACACGUCGACCGACGAGCACAGGUAGCGUUACAUACCAAGCUCUUACCAUCGCGAUGAUGGGAGCACUGCGCACCUGGAUCCACUGUGGUGGCGUCUUGCGUGCUCAGCGGGAGGACUCACGUAUCGUGGUAGACAGCAGAGGGGAUGCAUUCCGUGGCCGUGAAGGUCUACGGUUAUGCACCGGGCGCGAAGAAGAAGCCACAGUAUCGAGAUUCAAACUCAUGCUCGCGUUGUCCAUGGAAGAUCCGGUAGGCAUCAACAAGGUCGCCGCGUUUGCUGGAGUGGUUGUAGGGUUAUCCCCAGAAGCUUCAGAAGUGAUCGAUGAGGUCGCUGCAUUUGCAGGAGUAGCGUUGUCCGUGGAAGCUUCGGUAGUGGUCAACGAAGUUGCUGCAUUGGUCAAGGAGGGACCCAUCAUCUGGAGCGAACCCCCUGUUGUACUGGAAACUGAUGGGAAGGAGUGGCCAGCAAUGAGCAUUGGAGUACCCCCUCCAGAGAGGGGUCAAGCGACUGGGGAAACACAAACAAAGGGCGCUGGGGGCGUUCGACUGGUUCUUACCGAAGCGAUGGGACAAGAGGUCAAAACUGAGGUCCCUAGGGUAGCAGAGGCCGGCUUAUAUACAGGGGAAGAUAAGGGCAGGCUGUGCGCAUUGGUCCAUGCACAGCUGGUCCGUGCACAGCAUGCUGACACAGCCCCGGGGGCCGGUGAGUCAUCAUGGCUGUGUCAGUGGAGCCUGAGCUGUGCUGUGCACUGCCACCCAUCUAAUCUAAUCAUUCCAUAG